AUGUCUGAUCCGAGCCCCAUGUUUAAAGCGCCGAUCAAGCGCUCUUAUAACCCACAACUGCCACUGAUACCUUCGCCGAUCUCGCUUGGUCAUGGUCAGAACGACUCUUCUGACACCAAUCUCACCAGCGACUCCCAUAAUCCCGCGCCCGAGACUGUUGUACCGCUUCCGUUUACUGUAUUGCCUCAGAAACAACGCGCUCCACGCCGAAAACCGCCUCCAAUCGACUUUACCAAAAUAGAUGGCUCCACCUCGUAUACACCUGACUCCCAUCCUCAGCCACGCUCAGAGGUUACUAAUACCAGUCCAGAGUCGCAGCAAGAUUCGCCUGCCGCCGCUACUGUCAGUAAUACGCCGCUCUCGGGUCAGAGUAUCGACCAUUUGACACCAGGCGACUGGAAUAUUCUCGCUAAUACAGACCAAAUCGUCGAGCUCAGCAAACUCGGAGAAGGCAAUGGUGGCUGUGUGUCCAAAUGCGUUCUUCGUAGCCGGUCGCUGGUUUUUGCCUUGAAGUUGAUAAACGCCGAUCCAGAUCCAAAUAUCCAGAAGCAAAUACUCCGCGAGUUGCAGUAUAACCGGCUCUGUAACUCGCCGAACAUUGUUAAAUACUACGGCACAUUCAUAGUGCAAAAGCUGUCAAUGAUUGGAAUUGCUAUGGAAUACAUGGCAGGCCGAUCGUUGGAUGCCAUUUAUAAGCGAGUGAUAGAGUUGGAUCCGACAAACAGAAUUAAUGAAAAGGUCUUAGGGAAGAUCGCAGAAUCUGUCCUCCGGGGUUUAAGCUACCUACACCUGCAGCGAAUCAUUCACCGUGACAUCAAACCUUCUAAUAUCUUGCUUGAUCGCCAAGGAAACGUGAAAAUCUGCGAUUUUGGCGUCAGUGGUGAAGUGGACAAUUCUGUAGCCACCACAUUCGUGGGUACGCAGUACUAUAUGGCACCCGAGAGAAUCAUGGGCAAGCCUUACUCUGUGAGCUGUGAUGUAUGGUCGUUGGGACUUACGUUGUUGGAAGUUGCACGGGGUCUGUUUCCCUAUCAUUUACAGAUGGACUCAAAUCCGUUAGGCCCAAUCGAACUAUUGUCUUUAAUCUUGGAGUACCAGCCGCGCUUGGAAGACAUUCCUGAGGACGGCAUAUUUUGGUCAGACUCACUCAAAAAUUUCAUUUCCUACUGUUUGAAGAAGAACGCGGAAGAGAGGCCGAGCCCGCAGCAAAUGCUCCAACAUCCUUGGUGUGUUGGUCAACGUAAUAUUCGGGUCAAUAUGCAGAAGUUUGUUUACCGGCUUUGGGGCGACGAUUUGGACUGA